UAGGCAUGGUAGCGCGCUCUGUUGGCAUCGAUUGGAAUUAGUUUGAAAUUCCUGCAGACUGCCAAUGCAUUUCAAAGGGUAGCUUUUAUGUUGCAGGAGUUUGAAAUAAUAUCAAUAAUUGAUGCAAAAUACGCUUCAUAAUUACACAACAAAUUUAUUUAUUUUAUUAUUUGUAACUUGUUUUGCCUAAUCUGCAUUUUCAACUGUCAAUAUUUGUAAAACUGGAAAAGUAAAAUGAAAAGUAAAAAGUAAGUGUAAAAGUAUCUUGUUAAAAUUUAUAAUUGAUCAAUUUCAAGUGUUUCAAUUAUAACAAUUUGUUAUUGAACAAUUUAAUAUUACCAACCAAAUUUUGAAUUGUUCGAACUUGAAUGCGAAGUUGAGUACUACUAGCCUCUGCACCAUGGCUAAAAUAGUCAGCCUAUUUUUAGCAGUGCAUAGUUGUAGAAAUAUAAAUAAGUGAACUACUUGCACGUGCUAGUCGUCUAUCUACCGGUAUCAAAGUACCACGAAACCCACGUGUAAAUCGCGCUAAAAUGAGUGAUAUUCAAAGGUACAUGCAAAUAUGCAGUGAGAAAACCCUUCAAACCAAUUCAAAGGGAUUCUUCAUGCAGUUUGCCGAUGCUGUGCAGGACGCUGCCGGACGUGAUUGGAUUCGCGGUGUUUUCAGUAAACUGAAGACUAACUCUGAUAGAAUUUCGAUUUUAUAUAGUGAUCCCAAACUAAAAGACAUUGUUUUAACGACUUUAUCGCACGUCCAAGAAAUUUACCGGAAGAAAUCAGCAGAAGUAUCCUUGGCCAGGAGAUUUGAGGCUCAACAAGCGUUCAAUAAUGAUCAACUUCAGAAAACUUUACUGCUUCUUUGUCAAGCUGUUUUACGAGCUCCGAAAACUGGAGAGUUUCCGCAGAUGGACGGCGGUCUAUCUCUUUGUUUAGCUCUCUGGGCAAGGAGUGAUGUUCUCAUGCGGCUUAAUAAGUAUAAUCUUGCACUACAAGACGUUCAAGUGGCGAUGAAGGAAGGUCUACCAGCUGCGCAGAAAGCGGAAGCUUUUUGGCGUAUGGCAAUUUGCUACAAAGCUCUAAACGAAGACAAAAAAUGUCAAGUUUCUAAACAAUUAGUUCUCAAACUACUCAAUAACAACGAAAGCAGCAGGAUUCUUUUAGAAGACAGUCUCAGAAAGACUUACAAAGACGCAGGUAGUCUUAUUAACCCAAGAAGAUGCUUAAGUUACCUAGAAGAGAACGUGUUGCUGCCUGGAGGAAGUCGUAAACUGGAAGUAAAAAGUGCUCCUAAUAAGGGACGUUUUAUUGUUGCAAAGGAGUAUAUUCCCACUGGAGAGUUGAUUAUACAAGAAGAUGCUUACGCCUCUUGUUUACUGCCUGAAAAUUUUGGUACACAUUGUCAUCAUUGCUAUGACAGAUUGGAAGCUCCUCUCGGUUGUUAUGAUUGCUCUUCAGUGGCAUUUUGUGGAGUCACAUGCCGCGACAAAGCUUUGAGCACCUAUCACAAACACGAGUGUCACUUUGUGGAUUUACUCAUUGGAUCAGGGAUGAGUAUUUUAGCUCAUGUUGCUCUGCGAAUGAUUACACAAAAACCUUUGGACUACCUACUUGAAAGGCAUAAGGAGAUGAAAGAAGGAAAAGCAAAGGGCGUUUACAACUUGUGUACAUUGAGCGAGUUUCGAAAUCCGGCGGACUUCCUACAAAGGAGUGUCAUGGCCGCGUUUCUAUUGAGAUGCCUACAGAAAUGUGGAUAUUUUGGGAAAGAAGCAGAUUUGGUGAUCCCAAAUGAAACGCAGAUGAAAAUCGGUGAAUUGUUACUGUACAAUUUGCAAAUGUUGCAAUUUAAUGCGCAUGAAAUUUACGAAACCAAAAUUACGUCGGAAAAUCGAUUGCUCGGAGCAGCCAAUUAUAUUGGUGUAGCAGUUUAUGCUUCCGCUGCUUUAUUUAAUCACGAUUGCAGUCCCGCAGUCACCAGGCAUUUUGUUGGAAAAUACAUUGUUCUGCGAACUUGCCGUCCAAUCAAAACGGGUCAAGAAAUCUCCGACAACUACGGCCCGAAUUACUCGCGCAAGAAUCUCAAGGAGCGCCAAAAGUACUUGAAAGGGCGCUACUGGUUCGAGUGCAAGUGCACGGCAUGCACACAGAAUUGGCCGCUAUUGGAAGGCUUGGAAAAACUCGAUUCACGUUUGAAGUGCCCAUACUCGGAAUCCAGCGUAUUGAAAAGAAAGGAGAAUGAAAGAAAGAACAAUAGUGAUCGAAAGGAAGGCGAAACUUUGAAGGAGACUUCUUGCGAUUACAUGUUCACAUUACCAAUGAAAGUGAACGAUGGGAAAUGUCCACGUUGCAAGAAUCAAGUCAACUUUAAAGCUAUGAGCGAAGAAUUCAAUAGGGUGGAGGGAAUUCUUGAUUUGGCAACUAAGUGUAUUGAUAUGAAAGAUGUCCAAUCGGGGAUUAAGUUAUGUUGUCAAGGAUUAGAUGCUUACUACAAAAUUUCAACAGCUCCACAUUACACUGUGCAAUUGAUUGAAGAAUGCCUAAGAGCUUUGUUUGCGGACAGUGGCAAUAUGUGGGAACCCACAAUCGUCGAUGCCAAACCAAUGAAAGCCAGAUUUGCAGCACCUGAAAACAACAGUGCUACAAUUAAAGAGAUUACCGAUGGUUCUAAAUCGUAAACAAAGCAUUCUACCGUUUUUUUAGAUAUUUUAUAAAAAAAGACACCGUGUUUUACUUGUAUGGAUAACUUCUAUUUAUAAAUGAAUUGCUGUUCUUUA